UACCUUGGACGAGCUCUGUGACCUGAUGAACCAGUUCGUACAGGACUCGAAGGACGGUGCCAACGUCGACAAGGGCUGGGGAAGCUCCGCCUACAACGUGUCCAAGGUUGGCGUCACCGUGCUCGCCUUCAUCCAGCAACGGGACUUCAACGGUGACUCCCGCGAAGACCUGAUCGUCAACGCAGUACACCCGGGUUAUGUGGCCACUGACAUGUCCAGUCACAGGGGACUUCUGACGCCUGACCAAGGAGCCGAUGCCCCAACUUACUUGGCACUCCUCCCCCAGAACAUCGAGUCACCAAAAGGGGAGUUUGUAUGGAACGACCGCAAGGUGACACCGUGGGAUGAAGAGUGAAGGUUUAGAAGUGAGGAGGCACCUCGCAGCUAGCAGAAUCACCACCGUCGAGGAAUCAUCACUUCAACUCACUCUCCAACGCAUUUCCAGCAAAGCGCACAUCUGGUUUCACCAGUCUUCUCAACACCGCAUACGGGAAGGGUCCAAACAGAACACGACAAGUAUAUGUUUCAAUAAAACAUAACUUGGGUACGCCGUCAA